UAAGUGUGGGAUUAACAACAGAACACAUAGACACAACACGAGUGUGUGUGUGUCUGUCUCUGUUUUCGAAGAGAAAAAUGAACACCACCACUCUCUCCCCUUCACCAUCUCCAACAACCUUUGCUUCUCCUAGGUUCUCCAAAACCUUUUCCAACAUCCUCGUUCCUUCUUCUUCCAAACCCAUAUCCAUUCAACUUCCCAGCUGCAACAAAAGGGGAUUUCAGACCACUGGACUUCGUUGUAACAAUACCUUCUUCCCUGGUGGACCCCCCUCUGGUGAUGGUGAUAGCAGCAGCAAAAAUGUUCUGGAUGCAUUUUUCUUGGGAAAAGCUCUUGCUGAAACUCUGAAUGAGCGCAUUGAGUCAACACUUGGUGAGCUCUUGAGUACAGUUGGAAGACUGCAAGCUGAACAACAAAAACAAGUACAGGAAUUUCAGGAAGAAGUGUUGGAUAGAGCCAAAAAAGCAAAGGAAAAAGCAGCGCGUGAAGCUACAGAGGCACAACCACAGGGACUGGUUUCCAAGUCUACAGCUUAUACAGAAGUUGUCGUGGAUUCAUCUACUUCAGAAACAACCGAUCCAGUUACUUCGGUACAGUCUACUGAUGUAUCCGAAAUAUACAUUGAGCCCAACGAAGGGGAGGAUCCCACAUUAAGUUCAUAAGUGAUAUAAUAUGCUUCACCUUUCGAUAUAUUUUUUUAGUAUUUUAUGUUUACUCCUUCAUUUGGCAUGUAUAUGUAAGUUUUGUUAAAACGUAUCACAAUUGUUUCCCGUUUCUUGAAAUUGGAAUGUGAUUGAGGAUAACUUGGUUGUUUGCUUUUAAUAACCUUUGAUAUAUUGGUAUUGGUAUUAGUAA